AUGGACGGCCUUAAGCCCACUCGCGCUAAAGCAAACAGCGGUACUCUUGAUUUAUGUAUAUACGAAAUGAAUUAUUGGCUGAAUGAUUAUGCAUCGAAUAUAGGAUUUGGUAUAUUUCAUUCCGGAAUUGAAGUUUAUGGCGUAGAAUAUGCUUAUGGCGGGCAUCCUUAUGCAUUUUCCGGUGUGUUUGAGAAUUCGCCGCAGGAUGCUGAGGAGCUGGGAGAAAACUUCAAGUUUAGGCAAUGUAUCGUAAUUGGUGAAACUGCCUUCUCAGCUUCAGCUGUUCGUGAACUGAUAAAAUCUCUUGGACACGAGUAUCGUGGUGAUCGAUACCAUCUAAUAUCUAGAAAUUGUAAUCACUUUAGCGCCGUUCUUGCUAAGGCCCUCACAGGAAACGAUAUUCCAACAUGGGUCAACCGUUUAGCUAAUCUCAGUGGAUCAAUUCCCUUUCUGGAAAGGUGUUUGCCUCAGGAGUGGUUAACGCCGGUAGCAUUACAGCAGUCAUUAGAUGAUCAACGCAAUGCAGACCGCCCAAGACCUUGUGGAAAUGACGCUCACAAGAGGUUAUCAAUUGAUUCUGCUGAAGAUGCCUUGGAUGCUAAAUUGAAUGGUAAAGGUUCCAGAUUAUCACACAAAAGCGAAAUAAGUACAGAAAGGGAUAAAAUUUACGUGUUUAUAAACAUUCGUGGUGAUGGAAUGUCUGUCAUCGACGACGAACUCUUCCGUAAAUUGUAA